AUGUCUUUUGAAUCUCUGACUCUAAUGGAAGAUGAUAAAAAUAAAAAAAAGAAUUAUGGAUACGAUGAUAUAGAUUAUAAUGAUGAAGAUAUGUUAAAUGGUGAUGGUUAUGAUAAAGAUAUUUAUGCAUUUAAUAUAAAAAAUAAAAUAGUAAAUCAUUGCAAAAGGAUAAAGGUUGAUUUGGAUAGUAAAUCAAAAAAAGAAAAUUCUUUUAAUGAUUCGACUUUUAUUAAAAGAGAGAAAAGUUUUUUACAUGAUGAAAAUGAAUUGCGAAAUAGAAGAAGUUCUAUAUCUCAUAAAAAUGAAUCAAAAACGAAACUAGAGGGAAUAUUAAAUGAAAAUGAUUUUUUAAUUCAAUUAAAUAAAUUAAAAAGGCAUGUUGUGGUUGAAAUAUUUGGAGGCAAGUGUUUUAUAAGAGAAUAUUUAUGUACUGAAUUUCUGAGAAGAAUAAAACAAUGUUGUCAUAUAAACUAUGUUAAAUAUAAUAUUGGUUUAAUAAAUUAUCGUGAUUGUAAACAAUUAUUAGGUGAAAAUAACAAUAUUGCAAGUAUAGAGGUUCGGCUAAAUUCUAUAUUAGUUUCUCUACCUCCUCUAACUUGUGUAAUUUUACAUUCCAGUAUAUUUUUAGUUAUUAAAGAAGACUUGAUAAGAGAUGAUUUAAUUAAAAAGUUAUGUGCAGUUUCAAAAAAAUAUACAAAUUUAUAUAAAGCUGAUAUAAAUGUAUUAGAAAAUAGACCAUUUGAGUUUUGCGCAUUAGAGUGUGUUUUUUCUAGUGCUCUUGAACAUUUAAAUGCAGAAAUGAAAUUAUUAAAUAAAGAUUUUACAGAAAUAAAAUUUUCUUUAAAAAUUAGUAAGUACCAAGAAAUUUUAAGUAAUUUACAUAAUUUAAAAGAUCCUACAAAUUUAUUAGUAGAUAAAGUAAAUUCUUUUAUUAAGGCAUUUCAUGAAAUAUCAGUAAACAACGCAGACUUAAAAAAAAUGGAGUUAACAAAAUAUUAUUUUAAUCCAAAUGUUAGUGAAGAAGAUAAUAAAGAGCAUACCAAUCAGGAUUUAGAAAUGCUCUUAGAAUAUUUUGAUCAAGAACUUCACCAAAUCCAUGAUCAAGUGAAACAUUUAUAUGAAUCUAUUAUUAAUUUAGAAAACAGAAUAUAUCUUGACUUAUCAUUGUCUAGAAAUAAUUUAAUUAGGAUGGAUAUAGUUAUCAGUUUGAUUAAUUCAGGGUUUGGCAUAGGAACUUUAAUAACAGGAAUAUUUGGUAUGAAUUUAAAAAUAUUUCUUGAAAAAAAUGAUUAUGCAUUUGGUUACGUUACUGGUCUUGUAGUAUUAUUAUGUUUACUGACAAUAAUAAUGUCUAUUUAUUUUUUUAAAUGUAUUCGUCUUUAG